GAUCUAGGGCUGAUCUGAAGCAGCAAUCCUGUGGCCUAGUCCUAGAUUUAGUUCCCAGUGUACAUGGGCUACAUGACUCAGUCGGUUUAAGAGUACUUAAGAUCAACACAACAAUAAUGCAACAAUGAUUUGUGCAAACUAUAAUAACUGAAUUCCUCAAUACUAAUGUCUUUUCAGGGAAAGGGUGGAGUGGCAGACUUAUAGCCAUGGCAUUGCAAAAUGUCCUUCUUGGUAGUCUUGUAUAACUCUUGGAAUGUUCCCAGGUGUGGAGCAAGUAUGCAAAGAAGUUAUCAGAUCUAGCCACGCCUGAGAACAUCAACAAGGCUGUCCCGUAUAUAAAUGGGCUAAUCAUCAAUGCCCUGCAUCAUGUCCCCAACAUCUUCACAUUCUUGUCUUGAGUGAAGAACCAGAGUGUAUUCAACUUCUAUACCAUCCCCCAGCAAGCCCCAAGUUUGAAUCUUCCAAUCUGAAGCCAUGGAAGUGUUGAAAGAAUGGCUGGGUCACCCCAAGGAACUCUACAAUUUGGCGUGGUUCAAGAUGGGAGGUUACAAGACCGUGGUGCCCAAGAUGGACCAGGAUGCACUGAGCCAAAGUCUCUGCUAUAAAUACUUGAACCAGACUGGGCGAACUGCUGCCCUAGUAAUCCAGAUGCUCGACAAGGAAGUCCGUCAUGUAGUUUGCAUCUUCUACUUGGUUCUUCGGGCAAUGGACACAGUGGAGGAUGACAUGACAAUUAGCUUGGAAACCAAGAUUCCCAUUUUACAGAAGUUCCACUCUUACCUGUAUCAGCCAGAGUGGCGAUUCAUGGGCAGCAAUGACAAGGACAAGCAAAUACUGGAGGAUUUCUCAACGUACUGUUACUAUGGCACCGCCCUGGCAUUCAUUGGCUUAUCCCAAAUCUUCUCUGCAUCUAAACUGGAAGACCCUGUCAUUGGUCAGGACGUGGAACUUGUGCUCUCCUUGGGGUUUUUCCUGCAGAAAACCAACAUCAUCCGGGAUUACCAUGAAGACCAACUUGUGGGCAGAGAGUUUUGGCCCCGAGAGGUGUGGAGCAAGUAUGCAAAGAAGUUAUCAGAUCUAGCCAAGCCUGAGAACAUCAACAAGGCUGUCCAGUGUAUGAACGAGCUGAUCAUCAAUGCCCUGCAUCAUGUCCCCAACAUCUUGACAUUCUUGUCCCGAGUGAAAAACCAGAGUAUAUUCAACUUCUAUGCCAUCGCCCAGGUAAUGGCCAUUGCCACCUUGGCAGCUUGCUACAACAACCCGCAAGUCUUCCAAGGAGCAGUGAAGAUCCGGAAGGGGCAAGCCAUCACGCUGAUGAUGGAUGCCACCAACAUCCAGGCCGUCAAGGCUAUCAUGUUCCAGUACUUGGAAGAGAUCUACCACAAGAUACCCAGCAUGGACCCUUCCUCCACCAGAACCCAACAAAUUGUCACCUCUGUCCACUCCAUGAGCAUGCCAGGGACGCUAAACUAUCGAACCCAUUACUCUUCCAUCUAUUUGUCCUGUGUGAUGCUUUCAGCAGCUAUGGCCUGGCAGUAUAUGAGCACAGCAUUGAAGAUGACUGAGAAAUAUGUGCAUGCUGACAAGUACUGAGAACAACACAACACAACACAACACAUCUUGUCCUUGGUCGGCCUCUCUUCCUUUUUCCUUCCAUUUUCCCCAGCAUCAUGAUCUUUUCCAAGCUUUCCUGUCUUCUCAUGAUGUGGCCAAAGUUCUUCAUCUUUGCCUCUAAUAUCCUUCCCUCCAGUGAGCAGCCGUGCAUUAUUUCCUGGAGUAUGGACUGGUUGGAUCUUCUUGCCAUCCAAGGCACUCUCAGGAUUUUCCUCCAACACCACAGUUCAAAAGCAUUUCUCUUCCUUCGCUCUGCCUUCCUUAUGGUCCAGCUCUCACAUCCAUAGGUUACUACAGGGAAUACCAUUGCUUUAACUAUGCGGACCUUCGUUGCCAGUGUGAUGUCUCACCCUUCACUGUUUUAUCAAGAUUGGUCAUUGCUCUCCUUUUGGCUGCAGUCUGCAUCUGCAGUCAUCUUUGCGCCUAGAGAUACAAAGUCUGUCACUGCCUCCACAUUUUCUCUCUCUAUUUGCCAGUUAUCAGUCACUCUGGUUGCCAUGAUCUUGGUUUUCCUGAUGUUUAACUGCAACUCAGCUUUUGCACUUUCUUCUUCCACCUUGGUGAUAAGGCUUCUCAGCUCCUCCUCACUUUCAACCAUCAGAGUGGUAUCAUCUGCAUAUCUAAGGUUAUUAUUGGCUAGGAGAGCUGGGGUUAUAUAACAUCUGUAGAACAUCUUAUAUAAGUUGUCUCUAACUGAAGUCACCAAUGUAAAUUUGAAGCCUUUGUUCCACAGGUUUUCCCAAAUGUCAAAAUCUAUUUUUCUCCCUAGUUCUUUUGUCUAUGAAAUCAUGGAAGUUUUUACACGAUUAUCUUCCAGGUUGUAACAGAGGAUAUAUUUUUACAAUCUGGCUAUUAGACCUUUUCCCCCUUUAUCUAGUAUAAUUUCCAGUUUUGAUUUUUUGGGGGCAAAUCCCCUUUUUUGUCCUUUUUGAAUCUUUUGUAUAAUUGGUGAUAGCGGAACCAGUUUUUGAUACCCAGUACAUCUUUCCCCCUCAAUGCCCAUUGGCCAUGAAGCCUAAUAAGGAAUUCCCCGUAUGUUCUUACAUCAUCCUUGGAAGUGAGUCUUGCAAAAGCUUCUAUUGGUCUCAGCCACAGGGGUAUUUUUGGUUCCAUACUUGACUUGUACCUAUUCCAGACAUCUAUUAUGCUUACUCUAAUUAUAUGUUUAUUAAAAGCCUUAUUUAAUCUCUCUUCUACAUACCAUAGAUAUGUGUGCCACCCAUAUCUUAUUCUGUCUCCUUAUAAAUUAAUUAAGUUGGUAUCUUUGUAUCCAAUCUCUGUUCCAGCUCAUGCAGGCAGCUUCAUAGUAUGUUUUUAGGUCCAGUAAAUUUAGUUCCCCCCAACCUCUCUUUGUUAUCAAUUAAAUUCUUGGAAGCAAUACUGGAUUUUUUCCCUUUGAGCUCUACCACAUCUUCCCAUAAUUAUCUUGAAACAAGUCACUGUUUUUGCUUGAGAUCAUAAUUCCCAGAUAUUUUAUCUUUGAGACUAUCUUACAAUCAGCAGCCACUUCUAGCUUCCUAAUCAUUUUGGUGUCUAUAUUUUUUGUAAUAAAUUUGGAUUUGUCGUUAUUUAUUUUAAAUUCCGAUACCUCUCCAUACAACUUUUUUCUCUGAAGACCAUUCUGUCCUCCUGACAUCUACAGAACACAAGAAGAAAGUUUCACUGUCCUCUUUUACCAUUAUACAUGUGGAAUGUGUUUGGUGACUGGUAAGAGAUUAUGUCAGAAUGGCAUAACAGUUUGAGGGUUGGGCUAUGAUUGUGGAGAACAGGGUUCAAAUUCUCACUCAGCCAUAGAAACCCACUGGGUGCCAAUGGACAAAACCACACUCUCUCAUUCAGAGAGGAGCGCAAAGGUGACCCCACCCCCUCUGCACAAAUCCUGCUAGGAAAAUCCUAUGAUAGGAUCACCUAAGAAUUGCCAUAGGUCAGAAAUAUAACUUGAAAGCAAACAACAAUGAAUGUUCUAGGACAGGAGUCCCCAAACUAUGGCCUGCAAGCCACAUGCAGCCCACCGAAACCAUUUAUCUGCCCCCGUGGUGGCGGCUCCCUCCUCCGCUGAGGAAGGCACGCGUGGCACGAAGGAAAAGGAGGGAAAAGCAUGCGCCUUUCUCUCCUCCCUCACCCUGCACACACCU